UUUAUUAAAAAAUUACAAAUUAAUAGUUUUACAAAUAAAAUUUCAUGUAUGCUUCCUAAAUUAUUUUUAUAAAUAUCUGCCAAUGUGUUCAACAUGAAUAUACUAAUUUUUCAGCUAUUCUUUUAGGCAUCUCAACAAGUAAAAAAUGCCAACCUUCAAACAAGGUUGGUAAAAAUCGUCAUUCCAAUUUAUUACAUUCAUUCUUGUAGUAGAAAAUUAAUGAAAAUGAAUAAUACAAUUCUGAAAGAAUUUCGCCAAUGGUUUAUAAUUUUAACCUCACAGACUGAAGUGUACUUUGAUAAAGUAUCUACUCAUACAAAUAUUGAAGUGACUCCAGUAUAUUCGACGCUAUUUUUGCUCUUAACAUAACUAAAUAUUUUACUACCGAAAGUGCGAAAAAUACUAUUUUUUAAAUGUAAUAUAAUAACAACAAAUCACAGAAAAUUGAAUUAAUUUAAUACCACUGCUUCAUAAUAAAUAACACUGCAUUCUCUAUAAAAUAAUACCUUCAAUCUUACCCACAUUUUUUGAUCCUCUUGUGUUCAGGAUUCAAAUGAUUAAUACCCAAUUGAAAUUGAACUACUCAAUAUACAGUGUGUUUCAAUUUGCAUCACUCCAUCCCUAUAAUCGUUUAAGCGAUUAAGAAUUUUUUCAAAUCACUUGAUGUGCUCUAUUUAAAUAUUACAAUUGAAACACACUGUAGAUGAAGAGGUAAUUCCUAACGUAUCUGCUUCACAAUCAAGCAUCAAUAAAUGAGCCAAGUUGUGUAAUAGCAAUAACUGACAAAAACAAUUCAAACUCUAAUGAGUAAUAAUGAAUAUGAAUUCAUUCCAGACACAAUUUCUUUACAAAUGAAAAUCUGGAAUGACCGGCAUAAUUAAUAAAAGGAAAUUCCUUACUAUAAAUACAUUAUUAGGAACCUAUUCGAAAAACUUCAUCGAUAGUCAGUGACACUUUGCUUGAAAAAUGUUUGAUGAAAAAAAUAAAGGUGUAUUGGAACAACCUGAGAUAAUUUUGACUUUUGGCAGCUACCUUAUGCUCUGAUGAAAAAAUUAAUACAUGCCAUGGGAACAAUGACAUAAUUUCCUUUUCCGUCCAUAUAACAUAAAAUACUGUAAUUUUUCAAUCAUUUUGCGUAGAUGAAUUUGAUUUGUUUCUAGUAGGAAAUUGCUCGAGUGUUCAGCCAGCUAAACAACAAGAGCAUAAUUCAUAGAAUUGAAAAAAAAAUCUGUUCAUUUUCAAUUCCCCAUAAUACGAGGUGAGUGGCAAGUACCCACAUUACUUUCAUUGAAAGGAUUAUAGACAAUCCUAAAAUGAGAAGAAAAUUUGAAUAAAGUCUCCAACAAUGUCUUUUUACCGAAAUACAUGGUUUGCCAUAUUGUAAGAUAAGAAUAAUUGAUGUUCAUCAUACAUCAUAAUAUUGAGAGUAUUCCUUUUCGAAAUAUAUGGUGUUUAAGUGACGGAAAAUUUUUCACAUUAUAUCUUUUGACAAAAUGUGACAAUAAUUCUAAUUUUUUCUGUAUAUUAUAAUGUUGUUUCUGGGCACUAAGGUAGCUCCCAGUGGCGUAGAUUCUGGGGCCACAUUACACCUUUUUCUUCCACAAACAAUGCUGAUUAGGCGUUUUUAAUCAUUAUAACUUCUCAAUACAUGAAAGACAUACUUGUUGCACCUCUUUUUAAUUGAAAAGCAAAACUGUUUCCCGAUUCCCGUAAAAAGACAUUUUAAGGAAAAAGUUAUAUGAACUUCCUUCAUAAUUUAGUUUUGUCUACAAGCUCUCGCAAUUAUUUAUGAUACUUAUAACUGAAUCCCCUUUUUAACUUAGAAAUAUAAAUAGUUUUGAUUCAAAACAAUAUUGUUUUGCUAUACAAUUUUACAAAAUUUUCAAGAACGAACUCAUUUGGUUGCUAAUUGGAAUACUGGUAUAAAAUGCUUGAACAUGAAUGUUUUCUCACAAUCAUUCAGCUUUUUUGUACAAAAAACUCAGAAUAAUAGAUAUUCAACUUUGUUUCAACUGGAUGUUAACCAAAUUAGAUUAAUUUUGUUAACAUCGAAUAGUGCCGCACUGUCAACUAAAUCCGUACUAUUGGCUAGUAAACCCGUACUAUUGGCAAGUAAACCUACUCCAUCGACUAACAAACCCGUGCCGUUGCUAAGUAAAGUACUGUUCGAAGCAUUAGCUAAAUCAGUAACAUUGAAUAUUGCCGCACCACCAACUAAAUCCGUACUAUUGGCGAGUAAGCCCGUACUAUUGGAUACUAAACCAGUAGUAUUGGCAAGUAAACCUACUCCAUCGACUAACAAACCCGUGCCGUUGCUAAGUAAAGUGCUGUUCGAAGGUGAAGUAUACAUCAUGACGAUUUCUUCGAUAGCAGACUUCGAGCCGAAGAUAAGAGCCAUGGCGGUAAUAGCUACAACAACAUUUUUCACGAGCUUUCAGAUGGUACAUAUCGAAACCUUUCUCCCGGAACCAUUAGCUAAAGCAGUAACAUUGAAUAGUGCCGCACCAUCAAAUAAAUCCGUACUAUUGGCGAGUAAACCCGUACUAUUGGAUACUAAACCAGUAGUAUUGGCAAGUAAACCUAUCCCAUCGACUAACAAACCAGUGCCGUUGCUAAGUAAAGUGCUGUUCGAAGCAUUAGCUAAAGCAGUAACAUUGAAUAGUGCCGCACCAUCAAAUAAAUCCGUACUAUUGGCAAGUAAACCCGUACUAUUGGAUACUAAACCAGUAGUAUUUGCAAGUAAACCUACUCCAUCGGCUAACAAACCCGUGCUGUUGCUAAGUAAAGUGCUGUUCGAAGGUGAAGUAUACAUCAUGACGAUUUCUUCGAUAGCAGACUUCGAGCCGAAGAUAAGAGCCAACAUGGCGGUAACAGCCACAACUAUAUUCUUAACGAUCUUCCAGUUGUACCUACCGAAACCCUUCUCCCAGAAGGUGAGCAUUUCGAUGCCGAUAGGUACCAACAAACCGAGAAGGGAGAAGCAAAAGGCACCGAUCAAAGACACGAAAGGGAUUAUCGUGGGAACGGCUAUUCCUAUGGAAACGCACACGACCACCAUGACGGUGCGCAGAGUGUACUGCGCGAUCGUCUCAUUGUCUGCGUAG